AUGUCUCCGACAACCGGCUGUUCAAGUGGAUCCAACCCUACGGGUAGCAGAGCAUUAGUAGUCUGGAAAUGGCGUGAAGUGACGCGGAUCGUCCAGCUUGGUCAACAGACAAACCCGUCUGCGGCCAUCUCGCUCUUUGGCGAGACGUUUAGUAGUUUCCAGGUGAACGGCGUCAUCCGCUGCUUCAGCAUUGUCAAGCGGAGGCUUGUCUCGCAGCACACGGUGCAGACAAGCUACAAGCGGGGCCUGGACAAGCCUUCCCCGGGCGGCGAGCUUAACUCUGGCACCCUCGACGUGCUCAAGCGCAUGUUUGCGGCCGCACUGAGGUCCGCCACCCGGCUCGGGGACGACAUGCGGAUCUUCAUUGGCCAUCUGCCCAAACAUCCUAUCGACCAACAAGAGGACAAUGUAGACGACCAGGAGACGGAUGCCAAUGGAUUGUAG